AUGCCGACGCUGUCACGCCACCACCACCACCUCCUCCUCCGCCGUCUCCGCCACCUUCUCCCAUCUUCCUUCUCCACCCACUCUCUGCCGCCACCACACCCUCCUCUCUCUGACCCCUUCUUGGUCGAGAAGGUUCUCCUCAGCUUAAAGCACAACAACCUCAACUCCCUCCACAACCACCUCAACAACAACCUUAACCGCUCCGACCCAUUUCCCCUCAUCGUCGAUAUUCUCCGCCGGUGCCAUCAAAAUCCCACCUUGGCCAACAGGUUCCUACAUGCCCUUUCCUUCCCUUCUCCCAACCUCAAACACUCCACGCGCUCACUGGGCGCAAUGGUGCACGCGCUUGUCCGUCUCAGGAAGGUUCCGGAAGCUCAGGCCCUGCUCCUCCGCAUGAUCAGGAAAAGCGGAGUCACGCGCCGGGAGAUCAUCGAUUCAUUGAUCAAUGGUGAUUCUUGUUCCAAUGUCAAUGUGAGUGUUUUUGACUUGUUGAUAAGGACUUAUGUUCAAUCUAGGAAGCUUAGAGAAGGUUCUGAAGCUUUUGAAUUGUUGAGGGGUAGAGGGUUUUGUGUUUCCAUCAAUGCAUGCAAUGCUCUUCUUGGUGCACUUGUGAGAAUUGGUUGGGUUGAUUUGGCAUUCAAUGUGUAUGAUAGUGUUGUGAAUAGUGGUAUGCAUGUUAAUGUUUAUACUCUUAAUAUUAUGGUUAAUGCUUUGUGUAAAGAUGGUAGAUUGGAAUAUGUUAAGGAUUUUUUGGAUGGUAUGGAGAAUAAGGGUGUUUUCGCUGAUGGCGUGACUUAUAAUACUUUGAUCAAUGCUCAUUGUCGCGAGGGGCUCUUGUCGAAGGCAUUCGAGUUGAUGAAUUCGAUGGCAAGCAAGGGGUUAAGACCCGGGAUUUUUACUUAUAAUGCUAUUAUCAAUGGAUUGUGCAAGAAGGGUAACUAUGCGAGGGCGAGGGAAGUUUUGGAUGAGAUGUUGGCAAAUGGAUUGAGCCCUGAUGCCACAACUUUUAACCCCUUGCUUGUGGAGAGUUGUCGGAAGGAUAAUGUUCGGGAGGCUGAAAAGGUUUUUAAUGAAAUGUUGCAUCAUGGAGUUGUUCCUGAUUCGAUUAGCUUCAGCUCAAUUAUAGGUGUGUUCUCCAGGAAUGGGAAUCUUGAUCGUGCCUUGGCGUAUUUUAAUAGCAUGAGGGGUUCUGGUUCGGUUCCUGAUACCGUGAUUUAUACCAUUCUUAUAGACGGAUAUUGUAGAAACGGAAAAAUGCUUGAGGCUUUAAGAAUGCGGAAUGAAAUGGUGGAGCAGGGAUGCGUCAUGGACGUGGUUACGUAUAAUACGCUACUGAAUGGAUUGUGCAAGGGGAAAAUGCUUGCUGAUGCCGAUGAGUUGUUUAAGGAGAUGGUGGAAAGAGGAGUUUUUCCUGAUUUCUACACUCUAACCACUCUCAUCCAUGGAUAUUGCAAGGAUGGGAAUAUGAAUAAAGCACUCGGUUUAUUCGAGACAAUGACUCAGAGAAACCUUAAGCCGGAUGUUGUAACAUAUAAUACAUUGAUUGAUGGAUUCUGUAAAAUUGGUGAAAUGGAUAAAGCUAAGGAAUUGUGGUCAGAUAUGUUAAGUAGGAAUAUAGUGCCAAACCACAUAUCUUUUACCAUUUUAAUAAACGGAUUUUGCAGUUUAGGUCUUAUGUCCGAAGCAUUCGGCUUGUGGGACGAAAUGGUAGAGAAAAAUAUUAAACCCUCCCUGGUUACUUGCAACACCAUUGUAAAGGGCUAUUUGAGAGCUGGUGAUGUGUCGAAGGCUGAUGACUUCUUGAACAGGAUGAUUUCGGGAGGAGUUUCUCCUGAUGGUAUUACAUACAAUACUCUUAUAAAUGGUUUUGUAAAGGAAGAGAACCUUAGCAGAGCUUUUAUGUUGAUCAACGACAUGGUUCAACAAGGGAUACUGCCUGAUGUUAUCACAUACAAUGCGAUUCUAUUCGGGUAUUGUAGGCAAGGCAGAAUGAAAGAGGCUGAGAAGGUAUUACGUAUGAUGAUUGACAAAGGAAUCAAUCCUGAUAAAUCGACGUACACAGCAUUGAUCAAUGGGCAUGUUUCUCAAGACAAUCUGAAAGAGGCAUUCCGUUUUCAUGACGAAAUGCUGCAGAGGGGGUUUGUGCCAGAAGACAAUGUCUAAGGGAUUUUAUUGUUGGGGUGAUGUAAAUGUUGGAACUUGGAACAUUACAACACUUUGCACCGAAUUCCCGGUAUGAAAAGGUUUCGCAUAUAUAAGGCGAGCAUUGCGGCCCUGGUUGGUAACAAAGAAAAGAAAGAAAGAUGUAUGCUUCCUUUAACUAUCCAAUUAUGAAUGUCUUGGUGCUGUUUUCUUCAUGCUCAUGAAUAUGAUAAUUAAUCUCUCAGUACCUACUUUACUGGUAUGAUUUAUACAUUCUCUUUUUUCAAAUUCAACUAUGACAUUCAAUGUCAUUCUUUUAAUCCAAUACAUUGUGGAUGCUUCAAGAUGCGAACUAGCCGUUUUGCUAGGAAUGGUUUGCAGGUGUGGCAUCCUUGUGACAGAUCCAAAAAGUUUUGGUAAUGAUAUAGGAUCCUAAAAUUCUUUGUAAACAUCCUUCCAAGUACAUGUUGAAGUCAAAUGUAGAUAUUCUCAAUGUGUACUAAUGGAGGUUUAUGUUGUAGUGAAAUCAAGAAAUGAUUAUUGAAUUGGGCUGAAGCAAAUGCUGCCACUUUUCUACCGUUUACCAAAAUGCAAGCAGCAUAUGAAGAGCACAACGAUUCGACUAAUCGUGCUUGAGUAACCGUGACAGCUUCUUCUGGUACGUUUUUCCGGUCUCCAGAGUUCAAACUCGAAAUCGCUUUGGAAAAGGAAUGAAUUUGCUUAUUAAGUUUAUUGUUUAGUCAUGGAUUCUUUUUAUCUUCAUUGUUGGUAUAUGAAGCAUGAACACUAGAGUAUAAUAAUAAUUUGGGCCUCCAUACAUGUGUAACACUUUUGCAAUGAACUUGAAUUUUUCCAUGAUUUAAUUAAUUUAUUUAUGGA